AGAGAGAGAACGCAUGAGGGAGCGAGAGAAAGCAGCGAGGGAGAGGGAGGCUCGCUAUAGCAACGGUCACCUGUUCACCUCUCUGACCGUGUCAGGGAACACGCUGUGCUCAGCAUGCAACAAGAGCAUCACUGCCAAGGAGGCGCUCAGCUGCCCCACAUGCAACGUCACUAUCCACAAUCGCUGUCGAGACGCUUUGCCAAACUGCGCCAAAAUGAAACAGAGGCAACAGAAGACGGCCCUAAUGCGGAACAGCUCAGCCUUGCAGACUGUCACGCUGCGCACAAAAACUCCAGGAAUGCGCGAGCGUCCCACCUCAGCCAUCUACCCCUCAGAGAGCUUCAGACAGACCCUGCUGGGGUCCCGCCGGGGUCGCUCCGGCCUGUCCCUGUCCAAGAGUGUGUCCACCAACAAUAUCGCAGG